AUGUCAACGCUCAAGGUGGAUUGCUAUGGCAACGCUCUGCAGGCAGCGUCAUCAGGAGGUUAUGACAAAGUGGUACAGAUACUGCUUGAGAAAGGGGCUGAUGUCAACGCUCAAGGUGGAGACUAUGGCAACGCUCUGCAGGCGGCGUCAUAUGGAGGUCAUGAGAAAGUGGUGACGAUGCUGCUCGACAACGGAGCUGAUGUCAACGCUCAAGGUGGAGACUAUGGCAACGCUCUGCAGGCAGCGUCAUCAGGAGGUUAUGACAAAGUGGUACAGAUACUGCUCGAUAAAGGGGCUGAUGUCAAGGCGCAAGGUGGGAAAUAUGUUAGGUGGUAA